UCUGGUGCGCGGUAGUUUAGUUUCUGCUCCGGGUUCGGUGUCACAGCCCGUCACUCCCGGGAGCCCGGGACAGACAGGGCAACGCCCGUGUGUGUGUGAGCGGGACUCAAGGCAGAGGCGUCCUCUCGCUGUCUUUUUUUCUUCCUUUUAUCCAAAGAAGGGGGCAGUUCUCGCGCUUGCCUUCCUGUCGCCCCGUUGGGAGCGGGGUUGGUGUGCGGAGUGGUUCGUCUUUUUUUCUUUUAAACUUGUGAGCGUUUUUGUUUUUGUUUUUAUUUUUUUCCUCCCCUUUUUUUUAGGCUCAGUGCCGUCUGGACUGGUUUCAUUGGUCCCUGACUAACCGCUUUCUGCCCCUUCUCUCGCCACCCCCACCCAAGGUCGCCCCUCUGCCCUCGCCCCUGGCCCGGGGGGUGGGAAGCUUUGUCAGGCUCCCUGCCCACUCGAGUCUCCGCAGCGUAGCAGCACCUGCUUCAGUAUGAACGGGGUCAACGACCCCCCUCUUUUUAUAAAAGAUAUUAAGCCCGGACUGAAAAACUUAAAUGUCGUCUUUAUUGUGCUGGAGAUAGGACGCGUGACCAAAACCAAAGACGGCCAUGAAGUGAGAUCAUGCAAAGUAGCAGAUAAAACUGGCAGCAUCACUAUUUCCGUGUGGGAUGAAAUCGGAGGUCUUAUACAGCCAGGGGAUAUUAUCCGGUUGACCAGAGGGUAUGCAUCCAUGUGGAAAGGAUGUCUGACACUUUAUACUGGAAGGGGUGGAGAACUUCAAAAAAUUGGGGAAUUUUGUAUGGUUUAUUCAGAAGUGCCAAAUUUCAGUGAACCUAACCCAGAUUAUCGAGGACAGCAGAACAAAGGGGCACACAGUGAACAGAAGAAUAAUUCCAUGAAUAGUAAUAUGGGUACAGGUACAUUUGGACCAGUGGGAAACGGUGUUCAAACUGGCUCAGAAGCAAGGGGAUGCCAAUUUUCAUAUGCUGGUAGAAGCAAUGGCCGGGGACCUGUAAAUCCACAGCUACCAGGAACAGCUAAUAAUCAAACAGUCAUGACCACAAUAAGUAAUGGCAGGGACCCUCGGAGAGCCUUUAAAAGAUGACCUAUGCCAAAUACGCACAUGUAGUUUUUAAACUACAUGCCCUACUUGAACACUUACUGCACUUUUAUUUAUUGUUAACUGUGAAAACUGUCCUUUAUCGGUUUCCUUUUAUGUUUUUGGUUUGUUAACAAGAGUGGUUUGUUUUUUAUAGCAGAACUAUUAAGCUGCUCGAGUCUCCUAUUGAAGAAUGGGAACACUCUGAAGAAUAGGGGCAUUUAUUUUUAGAGCAAAAAGAUCUUUGGAUAUCCUCUAAAAUACCUGCACCCAUUUCAUGGGUGAGUUACUUACGACAUCAGCAUUUUAGCCUCUAUGAGUCUAUUUUCUGUAUAAACUUUGUAAUAUUUAAAAUAAGGCUUAGUGGGAGAUGUUCUUUUGUCUUAAAAACAGAUAUUGCCAGCUAAAGCAAUAACCACCAAAAAAACAAA